CCCGUAACGUGUCUCUUCUGAGCCGCCGUAGGUCCAAGCAGCGCCUAUUCUGGAUUUUACUUGUGUCUUAUGAGAUAAAACUUUCUUCUUUCGGUCUAAAAAAGCGAGGAGAUUGUCACAAUGUCUGUUCAGGCAACAAACCCCAACAACCCCAUAGUUUUCUUCGACAUUACCAUCGGAGGGCAGGAUGUCGGACGGAUGAAGAUUGAGCUGUUUGCUGAUGUGGUGCCAAAGACAGCGGAGAACUUCCGGCAGUUCUGCACUGGAGAGUUCAGGAAGGAUGGAGUCCCAACUGGUUACAGAGGCUGCACAUUCCACAGGGUGAUCAAAGACUUCAUGAUCCAAGGAGGGGACUUUGUAAAUGGUGAUGGAACUGGUAUCUGCAGCAUCUACAGAGGUCCAUUUGCAGAUGAAAACUUUAAAGUCAAGCAUUCUGCGCCUGGUCUUCUGUCCAUGGCUAACAGUGGUCCAGGGACGAAUGGUUGUCAGUUUUUCAUCACCUGCACUAAAUGUGACUGGUUAGAUGGGAAGCAUGUUGUUUUUGGAAAAGUGAUCGAUGGUUUGCUGAUCAUGAGAAAAAUUGAGAACGUCCCUACAGGUCCCAACAACAAGCCCAAACUCCCCGUCAUCAUUGCACAGUGUGGAGAGAUGUGAUCAGCUCCCUACAACACCAGUGUAAAAACUAUACAACCUCUGGGUACAUUGGAUUCCUUCUCCCAUAAUGCACAUUGAAGGCCAUUCUCAACAGUACAUCACAUUGGCCAUUUUCAGAGUUUUGAACAACUUAAUCAUGGGUUAGCAACUGCAGCCAAACCCAAAAAUGUUUACUCAUAUCUCAGGUGCGUGUUGGCAACGACGGGAUGUGAUUAAUAUGAGUUUUCAAUUCGUGAAACUUUGUGUCCAACAUGGUUGUCAGUGUUUUUCCUAGUAAGAAUGGAGAUGACCUGUAUUUCCUGUCACAAUAAGGAAAAUGAGAAAAUGUGACUUUUUUUUUUUUUUUAAACCUGAAGAACCAGAAGAGUUUAGGUUAGCAUUUGAAUCAUUCUCAUUACUUAUUCCGUCAAACUGUUUAUGAUUUAUCAAUAAAUUCUUUUACAUU